CUUUCCUUACUAGUAAUCUUCCCUAUACUUCUUGGCUCACUUACUGCCACCAACUAAUUCCAAUGACCAAAACCCUCGUCGCGAUCUCACUACGAACUCCUAUUGCCACUACUGCAACCACCACAUGGCGGGGCCUUCCGAUUCAAAGGUUGAAUUCCUGGCGUGGCUCUCUCAAGUGAUGAGAGGUCUCUGCUCGCGUUCCGACGAGGAUGACCGAGUCUUCGUCAACGCCGACGCCGCUCAUACCAAGCCUACCACCAACCACUCUGCCGUCGCGCCGCAGAGAAUGGAGAGGAACGUUCCGGACCCUUCUAGGACCUACGGCGGACCUUCUGCCGCGGUGGAGGAACACUUUUACGAUGGAAUCCCGUUCUACGUCGAGGACUCUUCGUCUAACAAGUCUAGGUCAAAGGUCUCAGAGGUGAGUUUACGCUUGGGCAGAGCUGGAUUUGGGAAGGCAGUAGAGGUUUUGGACACCCUUGGGAGCAGCAUGACAAAUUUAAAUGCUAGCAGUGGGUUUGUUUCUGGAGCUGCGAUAAAGGGGAAUGAAAUUUCUAUCUUAGCAUUUGAGGUUGCUAACACAAUUGUCAAAGGUUUUAAUCUUCUGCAAUCUCUUUCCCCAAAAAGUAUUAGGCAUUUAAAAGAAGAGGUACUUCUUUCUCCUGCUGUGCAAGAUUUAGUAUCAAAGGACAUGGAUGAACUUCUGAGGAUUGUGGCAGCAGACAAGAGGCAGGAAUUGAAAGUUUUUUCUGAUGAGGUGAUUCGUUUUGGAAAUCGUUCAAAGAAUCCUCAAUGGCACAACUUAGACCGUUACUUUGAGAAGGUUAGCAGAGAAUUAAAUGCUCAAAGACUGUCAAGAGAUGAGGCAGAAUCAAUAAUGCAACAAUUGAUGACUUUGGUUCAGUUUACAGCUGAAUUGUACCAUGAAUUACAUGCUUUGGAUAGAUUUGAACAAGAUAUUCAGCAGAAAUGUGAGGAGGAUGAUCAAAGAGGUGAUAGCCUUGCAUUCUUGAAGGCAGAAAUUAAAAGUCAAAAGAAGCAAAUUAGACAUCUAAAGAAAAAAUCACUCUGGUCUAGAAGUUUAGAGGAGGUUAUGGAGGAACUUGUAGACAUUGUCCAUUUUUUGCAUUUGGAGAUUAGCAAUGCCUUUGGCAAUGCAGAUGGCCACAAACCAUUAAUUGGACACAUGAGCAAUCGACAAAGAUUGGGCCAUGCAGGCCUCGCUUUGCAUUAUGCAAAUAUAGUGCUUCAAAUUGAUACUCUUGUAGCUAGAUCCUCUAUGCCUCCUGCAAAUACUAAGGAUGCAUUAUAUCAAAGCUUGCCUCCUAAUAUAAAAUUAGCUUUGCGCUCCAAAUUGCCAUCCCUUCGUGUUGUCGAAGAGCUAACUAUAGCAGAUAUCACAGAUGAGAUGGAGAAAACAUUACAUUGGUUGGCCCCCAUGGCCACUAACACAUCCAAAGCUCAUCAUGGCUUUGGUUGGGUAGGGGAGUGGGCAAACACAGGGUCUGAGGUAAACAGGAAGAGUGGUGUAAUGCAGAUUGAGACAUUCCACCAUGCAGACAAAGACAAAGUGGAAUAUUAUAUUCUUGAACUUCUCUUGUGGCUUCAUCGCAUGGUGAUCAGAAGUAAGGCUGUUAGUGAUGCUAGCAAAGUAAGGUCUGCCAUCAAGUCCCCUGUUGGCGCUGCCUUGCAAAAGACAAAUAAGCAGUCUAUAAAUGCAGCAACAUUAUCAUUAUUAACAAUCGACGAGCAAAACAUGCUGCAGGAUGUAAAAAACAAAAUAUCAGCUAGACGGAUAAGUAAAAGCUUGGACUUUGACAGUGCGAAUAUUAGAUUCAGGGAGAACUGUAGAUUGACCAAGAGUAGAAGUCAUUCAUCAAGUAAAAGCAAGGAAAUGUCUUUUAAUAGGAUUUUGUCUAAGCUUCCAGUGAUUGAUUUUGAUAUUGACAAAGAAAGAGCAUUGAACGUGAUCGACAGACUGGAUGGGGUGAGAUAAUUUGCAAGGUUGCAUUGCAUGUUUGCCUUUGAAAUGAAUGGAAAAGAGCAAUAAUACAGAUGGACAUAGGAGUGGGUUUUCUUUCUAUGCAUAUAUAUGCCACAUUCUUGUUGCAAGCGUUGAAUGGCGUAUUUUUGCGGCACCUUUGGUACUUUGGACAUUGAAGCUCCAUGUGAUGUAGAUAUCAUCUUUAUAUGACAGGCACCAAGGUAAGUGCUGUUGGGACGAUAGGCCUUCAUGCUUGUUUCAAUGUGACUGCAAAGCCCACUUAAUAUGGGAGCGGACUGGUUCAUUGUCGAGUGUAUAUAUUGUGAGGUAAUGAGGAUAUAGCGCCCAUCAUUUUGCACAGCUUUUCCUUUUGUGGGUUUGGCUACCCAUGCUCACUACUGAAUCUAGAUUUUGUCGUUAUGAUUUUUCCACAUCUUUUUUACAUCAACUUUACUCUUUUUUA